AGGAGCUCCUCACAGCUCUGUGCCUGUCUACAAACUGGCUGGAAUUAGUCUCCUUAUAAGCUCAGCCCUCCCUUGGAAUCCAAAGCCUCCUCGGCCUUUUGAGUCAGUCUGAGAGGGACAGUCAGGACUGCUGUAUGGGCUCUCAGGCUGCCAGUGUGACCUCACCUUCUCCAGUCCCCUCUCCUCAGUGCCAGCUAUGAGUUCCUGCAACUUCACUCAUGCCACCUUUGUGCUUAUCGGUAUCCCAGGACUAGAGGAAGCCCAUUUCUGGUUCGGCUUUCCACUGCUUUCAAUGUAUGUGGUGGCACUGCUUGGAAACUGCGUCGUGGUCUUCAUCGUAAGGACAGAGCGCAGCCUGCAUGCUCCCAUGUACCUCUUUCUCUGCAUGCUGGCAGCCAUUGACCUGGCCUUGUCCACAUCCACCAUGCCCAAGAUCCUCGCUCUCUUCUGGUUUGACUCACGGGAGAUUACCUUUGACGCCUGCCUUGCCCAGAUGUUCUUUAUUCAUGCCCUGUCAGCCAUUGAAUCCACCAUCCUGCUGGCUAUGGCCUUUGAUCGAUAUGUGGCCAUCUGCCACCCACUGCGUCAUGCUGCAGUGCUCAACAAUACAGUCACAGCUCAGAUUGGCAUGGUGGCCCUGGUCCGUGGAUCCCUCUUCUUUUUCCCACUGCCUCUGCUCAUCAAACGGCUGGCCUUCUGCCACUCCAAUGUGCUCUCACACUCCUAUUGUGUGCACCAGGAUGUGAUGAAGUUGGCCUCUGCAGACACUUUGCCCAAUGUGGUCUAUGGUCUCACUGCCAUUCUGCUGGUCAUGGGUGUGGAUGUCACAUUCAUCUCCUUGUCCUAUUUUCUCAUUAUACGAACAGUUCUACAACUGCCUUCCAAGUCUGAGCGGGCCAAGGCCUUUGGGACCUGUGUGUCACACAUUGGUGUGGUCCUGGCUUUCUAUGUGCCACUCAUUGGUCUCUCGGUUGUUCACCGCUUUGGAAAAAGCCUUGAUCCCAUUGUGCAUGUUCUCAUGGGGGAUGUCUACUUACUGCUGCCUCCUGUGAUCAAUCCUAUCAUCUAUGGUGCCAAGACCAAACAGAUCAGAACACGAGUGAUGGCUAUGUUCAAGAUCAGCUGUGACAAGGACCUUCAGUCUGUGGGACAGAGGUGACGCUUACCACACUAGUUUCUCUGAUCCUUACUACACUGGCAGUGCUUUUCUCUGACUGGAUUAGUAAAAUAAAAUAUAAUCUUGUCUACUUCAUGGAAUUUUAUGUUAAUCCAUAUCAAUGGAAUAUUAUGCGGCUUGAAGUUCCUACCAUAAAACAAAACAUGCUUACAAUAUUGAGAAAGACAAUAAGAAUAAAUUUUGAAACUAACUUGAAAAAACUAUAUACAUUAGAGGAAGUAUAGUCAACUUAUGAUUUGCUUUUAUCCCUAUUUUCUGAGUUGAUUUAUUAUGUAAUUAUUGUUUAGCUGGUAUAUGCGACUUUUAAAAUGGGUCAACUGAUAAUAUAUGGAAGCUAUGACUUGCCACUAUCAUUACUGUUGGUGUAUUAGGCAUUACCUGAGAAUUUAUCUAAGCCCUGAAUACUUAUGAACAUAUCAUGUGUGCUUACAAUGUCCCAGGCACUAUAAUAAGGGCUGUGCUGGUUUGUUGUGAUCUUCAUAACUUUGCAGGAUAAAUACUGUUCUCAUCCCUUCAUUACAAGUGACAAGGAAGCUUAGAGUAACAAUAUGACCUCACUAAGUGAUACAGCUUGUGGGCACUGUGCCAAGAUUUGAAAUUAAAUUUGAUAAUAGAAUACAGUUACUUAACUACCAUGUUAUAUUGUUUCCUGUUCAGCAUCUGUCAUUGUAUUUCCUCAAGCUAUACAAACACUAUGUUUUCUCUGCUGUGUGCUGAAAUGGAUGUCCUUGUAUAUGAACUGAGAGAUAACCCUGCCCUAAUUGUGGGCAGCAAAUCCAACUGUUCUUCAUGUUUGCUUGCUACCUUCAUGGUCUUACAGCCCACUUAUUUCCAGAUUAAGGGAGAAUGUUUCUGCCUAUUUAUCUCUUUCAUAUUUCCUUUUUUAAGUGUGUUCUCUGUCAAAUAUUUUGAAUGUGCAGUACAUGAUAUUGUCUGAGUUUCAACUUGGGCAUAAGAUACAAUAAAUUUUUAUUUUAAAUUUUGCUAAGUGCUAUGUGUGUUGUGUUUACAUUUGCAGAUGGGACAGGUUCCCUAGUCUUCUUUCCCAUCAGUGCAGGGGUCCUGACAAGUAUUGUUUGAACAAUCAUAAAGACACUAAAUGUAUUUUCUACUCAGGUGGGAUAUUCUCAUUCUAUUGCUGAGCAGCUCUGAUUAGCAACUGAAAUCUGAACACAGUCAUUGGGAGUGUGAGGGUUUGGGUAGGAGACAUCAGUGGAUAAAACCAUCCAGGAGAAGCAUAUUAUGCAGUAUUUCCUUGGAAGAGGGAAUCUCAGACACUGGGCCUCUCUAAUGGUAAUGGACUUUCCUACCGUACAAAUAUGUUAUCAUCCCAUUAUGAUUCCUCGCUCAGAGACAGUAAAUUGGCCUACAAAUACAUGCAGCUAAUCAAUGCAGACAGACCAGGGUUAAAGGAAGGACAUAGAAUGGAAGAAAUAGAUGUCUUCUCUAAAGAAAUAAAAGUGUGCCCAUGCUCUAUAACAGUGAGUAUUCUAAUAUUGUUCCCCAUCUUCAAUUAAAUAAGGCAAAGCCCUCAGUUUAUGAGGUUGAAUACCCUAUGUUUCUCCCCACAACUAAAUCCUCUUAUAUCUCCCUGUCCACUACUUUACCUCAUACCAUGUCCUCCAGGCUACUUCCAUAUGCCCAAGACUACACCUACAUUGACAAUUUAAAAAUAGUAUAUCUUUCUCUAAAAUUCUUUACCGUCUCCCACCAAAGCCCAAGUUCUUCAAAUUCUAUUGCUGUUUUACUUCCCCUCCAUUUUCCUAAGACUUUUAACUUUUAAAAGUAACCCAAAGACUUUUAUGCCAAUGAUGAUAGCCACAUUAUGCACAAUAGCCAAAAGGUAUACACAACCCAAAUGUACUUUAGCAAAUGGAUGGAUUAAAAAAAAUUGUAGUAUGCAUACAAUGGAAUAUUAUUCAGCUGUAACUAAGAAUAAAAUUAUUAUGUGUUACAACAUAGUUGAACUUUGGAAAUAUUAUGCUAAAUAAAGUAAACCAGACACAAAAAGGUAAAUAUCAUGUGAUUCCUCUAAUAUAAGGGAUCUAGAGUGGAAAAUCAAUAGAGACAGAAGAUAGAAUACAGGUUACCAGAAACCAGGGCAAAGGGAUUAUGGGGAGCUAUUGUUUAUUGGGUACAGUUCUACUGGCGAUGAUGAAAACAUUCUGGGAAUAAAUAGUGGUGAUGCCUGAACAGCAAUGUGGAUAUAC